UUAUUCCAUAAUAUUGUCCGUUCAGAUGGCUUCACUGUCGAUUUUCUUUUCAGUAAGAAAGGGAAAGCAAACGAAGAGAAGACCAUCGAAAACCAUCGGUUGACUUUGGAGGACUUCGAUUUAGCCGAAAUCGAAGCUGGUUAUAGGCACUGCUUCAUUGAUCCCGUGAGAAAAGACGUCUUCACAGCAGCGAUCGGGCUGGACGAUGAAAAGCACCAAGUGCGAAGCUAUCGAUUCCACUUGUACCAAGGACGGAAACGUGCUGCCGACAAAAUGGUAAACAUGCUUAUCAAUGGCGGUACAAAGUAUAAUCUGGAUCUCAGAUUGAAGAAGAGACAAGAACAAAACAAGGUCGCAAAGAAGAAGAACAAUAAAAAAGACGGAAAAAAAAGGAGAAAGGAUGCAUCAAACGCUAAAUGGAAGCCCGAACCCUUCAAUGCGGGUGAUAAAAUAAAAGUUCCUCUCAUCGUGUUCGGUAAUGGCAUGUUUGGUAAAGACAACGUCGUACUGAAGAGUCACCGAUGCGGAACGGUAGGUGUUUUGUGGCGUGCGCUUAAGCAACGCGAAGUAGCUGGAGACCUGCUAGUACUAGAAAUCGAUGAAUUCAAGACAUCCAGAAUACGCUCGUGCUGUUCCAACGAUACUUUGGAGAGGUUGAAAGGCAUUCAGACCUACAGUAUACUUGUUUGCAAGACUUGUCAUAUACUGUGGAACCGAGAUAUCAACGCCUCAAAGAAC